CUAUAGACUUCAGUGCCCGUUUUUUAUUAAAAUAUUUUGGUGACUGGAAAUAAAAACCAAAAAUCUAUGAAUAGACCUUAAAUGUGUUUUUUAGGACAACAAAGAAGUGUUUUGAUGCUAUUCCAUAUUUAUGCUGCGUUAGAAAUGGUGUCUGUUGUGCCUUUAAAGUGGCAUUGGUUUUCCAGCUGUUGGAGACGUAAACAUCUUUCUGCAGCACUGACUGAUAUGUACUGUAUAUAUCUAGUUAUAAGUGCAACUCCCUCUAUAAAAGCCUCUUAUUAUACUUGUAAAAUAUAAUUAUCUUUACUGUAACAUGCAUUAAUUCACUUUUUAUUGAAUGGCAUAUAAUAAGAAAUAAAAAAUGUUUUUGGACAAGUUUUGCAUCUGUAAAACACAAUGAGUUCAAUAGGGACAUGUACAAAACAUUUAAACAGCUAGCAGGACCUUCUAACAGAUGAUGGCCUAGAGGUCCUGACAGAUGAUAUCUGAAUAUUUAGAGUUAAGUAAUAGAAUAUAUUUAUUCUCAAGAGUCAGAGCCCGCACACAUUUGUGAAACAGAAAUGUCAUAUAAAGUAAUUAUACCUCACAUCCACUGGGAGCCUGGGAACGUAGCACAGAUUAACUUCCAUUUUUGUAUCUUAAUCACAGCACACUUUCUGGAAAAAAGGACAAAUUUCUCAGAGGAAUCUCUUUUCUCGGUUUGUCAGGAGAUAUGAAGAGCUUGCACACUGGGACCUGCUGCUCGUACCAGCACACCCCUGUUCCACCAUGACCCCCAGCAGAGAAUUCUGGGAUUGACGUUAGUAUCACUCCCACUGAUGGCCUACACCAGGUUUCAGCUUACCUGCUGAAGCUAUGGGGAGCUGUUGGAGCUGUCUAUACAGAGACGCCAUUCAAGACAACCACCCCACCAAAUUCAAGGUGACAAAUGUCGAUGAUGAAGGGAACGAGCUGGGAUCGGGGACUAUGGAGCUCACCCAAACAGAGCUCAUCUUGCACACACGAAAACGCGACGCCAUCCGGUGGCCGUACCUCUGCCUGCGCCGUUAUGGUUAUGAUUCCAACCUGUUCUCCUUCGAGAGUGGGAGACGUUGUCAGACAGGACAGGGGAUUUUUGCAUUUAAGUGCUCUCGGGCGGAAGAGAUCUUUAACCUCCUGCAGGAGCUGAUGCAGUGCAACAGCAUUAACGUGGUGGAGGAGCCCAUGCUCAUGACGCGGCCUGGCCACACACCGGAGAUGGAGAUGCCUCGAACCCCUCAAACACCUAACACUCCCGGGUUCCCAGUGCAGACAUUUCCUAAUGGAUACCCGGGGUACCCCAUAAGUGCAGACUCAUCACAGCCCUCCCUUUCCGAUGACCACAGACACAGCCUCAUGGGGAUGGAUGACCAGACACAUACAUAUGUGAACACAGUAAGUAUGGAGAGUGAGCUUUCAAGUCGCCACUGUGUCAGAUCCCUCCCCGAAGUUUGGCCCCCCGCCUUCACCGAGGCGUCCACCAAACAAAGCCAACCCAGCAUGCACUGCUGCGGCAUGGAUGACACCCACAAAGAAACUCAGCUCUUCCUCCAGCCAGGGGCACAGGAGGUAAAGUUCAUGCUGGGGCCGACACCGGCACAACGCCACAUGAUGGAGCGCGACCGAGACCGGCACUCUGCUCACCCACUCCGAGCACCCGAUGGCAGCUCAGAAACAGAGGGAGAGGAGGCUCCACCCCUUCACAUAUGCAACACGCAUCCCUACCACCAUUACCAUCAUCAUCUGCACAGGCACUCCAGCAUGGAGCCUUGCCCAGGAAGCCAGCUAACAUAUGAGAACAUUAAUGGUCUUCGAGGGCCACGCAGGCAAAGGCUGAGCCCCAGCAGUGCCUCCCAGUCACAGUCUGUGGGCUCAAGCAGUAGCAGCAGCACAGCUGGAGAAACACACCCACAUACACACCCGCACUCUCUGCCACUCGCGCACACAAAUGCCUCCUCAUUGCCUCCACAGGGCUACAGCGGGGGCCAUCGUCGCUCUGCGCUGCUCAACUACGAGAACCUUCCGUCACUGCCACCAGUGUGGGAGUACCGUGCUCUUCAGCGGGAUGAAGAAGAGGAGCAGGAUGAAGAUGAGGAAGAUGAUGAGUAUGAGGAGGAAGAGGAGGAGGACUUUGAUGAGUAUGAAUACUCAGAGGGGCCAGGAACCCCGAAUGGAUAUCAUCAGGAAAGUGGUGGCAGUAGUGGGAUUCAUCGCGAUGCUCUGCAGAACUACGUCAACACCGAACAGCAGAUCCAGCCUCCAACUCAUCUGCAUCAUGCGUGCCCUCCUCAUCCUCAGCCCUCUGAGAGGGGUGGUCGAGUUUUCAGUUUUGAUUUCCGCCGGCAUCGGGCGGGGCGUGGCACAGUUGGCAGCGCAGCCUGUGAGCAGCAUGGCCGCCACCUGCCCCCGCCACCCUCACGCCAGCUCAACUAUAUCCAGGUGGACUUGGAGGCUGGAGCCUCGAGUUGCCCAGGACAUGGAGGGGGCGGAUCCCAAGUGCCACAGAGACCGCCUCCAAUGAAGCGCGGCAUGGCUGCUGCCCCAGUUAUGCCUCCAUCCCGCCGUGGUGAGUGUUAUGCUGUGAUCGACCUGCAGAAAACCGCAGCCAUGUCCAAUCUGCAGAAAGCCCUGCCUCGUGAUGAUGGCACGUCUCGAAAGACCCGCCACAACAGCACCGACCUGCCUCUGUGAGACAAAAUGAGUGUUAAAGAGUGAGAAAAAAUAGAAUGUUAUGGAUAAGACUAAAAACAAAGGAGCUCUGUGGUGUUAUUGUCCUCUCACCAUUCAGUUGGAGUUUCCAUCCUUACACUCAUAUUUUCAACACAUUUGCACUUAUACCAGCUAUUUCUUGUGAAUACAAUAAGGCAAAACUGAAUAUACCAGCUGUAUGUGAUAGAAAUUCAUGCAAUUUUGAAAGGUGGUCCAUAACUGAAUUUGGUGCCCUGUGACCAUCGAAUUGUAAUCAAGCCCAUCUUUCUAAACUGAGCCUCACAGUUAUACCUUUACAGGUUUACAAGAAAAGGUGUUAAAAAUGAUCUAAAAGGAAAUAUCGGAUUCCAGAUCAGAUCUGAAGCUGCUCUGUAAACAGCUGUAUUUUCAGCAUACAUACCAGAGUACUAGAUGUUUAAAAGCUUGUUUAUUUACAGCAGUUUUACUCCUCCCUCUGGUCUAUCAUUAACUUUUAUAGUAUGUUACAUACAUCCUAAAACAUAAAGCGUUUCCAUGUUUUUUUUGUUAAAAAAAUGAAACUUUCUUUACAAUUAAUUUAACAUUAAAUACAGUUCUUUGUGUCUGGAAGUACAGAUUAGAAAAGUGUAAAAGACAUUAGUCUAAGAGAUUACAGUCUGAUUGCUGUUCCCACCACCCCAAAGUAAUCACUUACCUGAAGUUCACAUUCAAGUGUUAAUUAAGUGCAAAUCCAAGAGUCUGUAUUUAUGUAAAUCUAUGUUUUGGAAAAACUGUGCAAAGCAUCAUAGCCAUGCAUAUGCAGAAGGAAGGACUUUCAUUAUUUUUUUAUAAAAAAAAAAAGUCAUUCCAUGAGCCUUAAUUAGGCAAACCUUAUUUAUAUUAAUUUAUUUAAUUUAUAUUAUGCAUAUUUAUGCAUCUAUGGAUUUGUUUCAUUUUGUUAUUAGGCUCUUAUAAAAAAGAGUAGAGAACAUGUAUGUCAGCGAAAUUAACUGUCUUCUAAAGAUAGCAUAGGCGAUGAGGAAGACGAUAGAAUUUAGCUUUGUUACAUGUCAUGUCAUUGUUCUAUUGUUUUUCUAAAAGUUUCAUGUCAAACUAGUCUAUUUUAGUGACAUAUUGUGCCAAACAGAUGAAUAUAAUACUGAAUCAUGUGCCAACGGUGUAUAUGGAGUCUGAGGGCUAACUAUCAACAACAGCUGAAAAUAAAAUACGGCUGUACUCACUACACAAAGAUCAUAAGCUAUCCAGGGCUAAAAUGUUGAUGUAGACAUUGCCUCCCAUUUAUACAUGCUGAGUCAGGAUUUCCAGUUUUUACUGCAUAUGAAUUUAAUUAAAUCUGGAUGUUUUGUUGUUAGUAGCAGAAUUCCAGGCAGGGUUCAUGUUUGUCUGUUCCACCUAUAGUAACAGGUAGCCUGCUGUACAUGUUGCCUUGCAGUUAUAUACUGUGACAAAGACUAAUAUGAAUGAUGACUUAAAUUCUGCGAUUACCAGAUUUUCAUACACACAAGGGUUACAGCUUCAAGAAUUUUGUUAGGAAAGUGUUUUGGGUGGUUAAAGUGAAACUAAUCCAAUAGUAAAACAGAUUUUCAACCGAGAUUCUGAUUUUAGGGUUAAUCGGUGUUUUGGGGAAAGGGCCAUAAAAUAUUUGCUUGUUUUCUUCAAGUCAUUGGUCUUUACUUCCUGAUAAAGUCUUUCCACCUGUUUUACAAAAUUGGUAGUAUCCUACAAAACUGUAGUAUAUUUACACAUUUCAGAAAGGUGCAAAUGUACCACAGUUAUACAGUACAUACAUUCAAAACUCAGUGAGUACGUGUUCUGUACUUCAUAGAACUGAACCAUAACCUUUAUUUAUCCCAUGCUACUUAAACGCUAUGAUUAUAUACAUAGCCCAAAACUACAUUUACCACUCAGCUUUGAACCUUCUUAGUAUGUAUAUGAAAUUUAGGUGGAAAAUAAGUACGUAUAGGAAAAUAGGCGGAAAGAGUAUUAGAGCUUCUUUAUGUUUAGCUGGGUGGGGAUGUAGACUCAGCGCUUCAGACUGGAACUGGCAGCCAUGCUGGACUGAGAGCAAAGCCACAUGGAGCUUCCUUACUAAAUUCUUUACAACUUUGACUGAUUUACAUUUUUCCCCCUGGAUCAGUGGGAGGAAUUAGUCAAGCCUUAUUAACCUUUUGUUAGAAAAUCUAGCUUAAAAUUCCAGUUUUUUUAGGAAAUUAAGUUUUCUGAUUUUUAGUUCAGAACUCAUUUCUUAAGAAACAAACAUUCCCACAGCUUAGUUAUUCAAGCUAGAAGCGAUUGUUCUUCACAGAGCCUUGCAUAUCACUCCAGUAUGGCUGUUAGUUGGGUCAAGCCAAACAAAAUCAACAUGUAAUACACUCACACAGGUGCAUUGCAGUGUUUGUAAUGUGCUCUAAGAAUGCGAUGAUAAACUAUUUGGACACUUUUGAACACUUUUAAGAGAGUCAAUCUAGUUUUAACAUCUAUAUUUUUGGUAUUGUUGUGCGAAAAAAUAACCUUUUGCAAUAACAGCUACUGGGGUCAUAUCAGUGUUUGUGUAAAUUGUGAAAAAUGAUGAUAUGUGAGUGUGUGAGUGUGUGUGUGGUAUGAAGAGAUUUCAUCACCUUUCAAAGAGGUCUUAAUCAGCACUGGCUUUGCUGUCUUUCUCAGGCCUUGAUACACAUGUGCUGUUGGUCUUAAUCCAGGCAUUGUGGGGAAAGGGGAUUGUAUUUGUAUUAAAUGUGACAUAUGUGGGAUCAUAGAUACCCUAAUUGUGUUAUAAAGUUAUAAAAGUAUGAAUUGUUAUUAAAUUGUCAGGAAAGUUAAGGUACACUAGGAAACCUUAGGCUCUUGUCUUUAUGUUGGUUGUGUGAGACCUCUUUGGAUAGUGAAUUUUUUUAUUUAUUUUUUUUCAGGAUUUUUCAUUUUUAACAUAAUUUUUUUUAUUCCAUCAGGGUCAAUGAAGUAGCUCUUCGCUGUGAAUUUCAUAUAUUAUGGGUUACAUGUUAGACCCAGGCUAGUUGCACUGAAAAUAGAAAUAGGACAACAAUAAUCCUGAAAUAUUGAAUAUUGAAUCCCACUUUAAAAAAAGAAGAUAUGUUUUCAAAUAUUACAAUGAAAGGUUGAAUGGUCAUUUAGCAUUUACAGUUGUCUUAAUUGUCAAUCUUUGUUUUGACUUUACUUGUUGAAUUGUUUUCGUCAAAACAACUAUGUACCUCUCCGUUAAUACAAUGUCAUAAAUGGGAUUUGCAUAUAAUUCUAUUUUCAUCCAAGCCUGAGAUAAAUUUUCAGCUGAAGGUAAUAUUGAAGGAAAUCUAACUGAAAUCUGAAUGACUUACUCACAGUCUGGCUUCAUAUUUUGUCUUAAUAAGGCUUAGGCAGAGCUCACUGACUGUGAUGUCCUGCGUAUUAAUGUGAAUGAGUGCCAAAUGUGUCUGAGUAAGAGCGAUCGAGAGCGGCUCAUGCAUGGACCCUUUAGUGGAGCUUGCUGGGCUCAAAGCUCUGUGAACAGUCUUACUCUCUGUAUGAAUGUAAUACACAGAGAUGGACUCGUAAAAUGCCCAGAUCGGCGAUUUACACUCGAUGUUUCUAUCCUCACUGAUUAAAAAAAAGUGUUACUGUUUUGUCUUGAAAAUUAAAUUUUUUCCAGUUGGUUUCUUUGUAUACAGUAUUUACAUUUUCUUGUAAGUAUGUAUUUCUGUGUGCGUACAUAACAUAUAUAUAUGGGUAUGACGUGGCAUUCAGCUUCUCCUGUGUUUGUUUACACAACACUACUUUUUUGCCACAGCUGUUGAACUGUAGGAAGAACCGUCCGUGCACCGGAAUUCAUUUUGUUAGAUGGACAAUGAGUUGUCGUCUCUGUCAAGAGAGAUGAGAUCUUCAAUAGUCUGGCGUAGUUGCAGUCCUAACCCUUCCCUCCUUACAAUGCAGAGCAGGCAUGCCCCAUACUGAAUGUUAUUUUCAGCCGUAUAAACCUUUGAAGAGAAAGGCUUGUACAAUAAAAUGAAUGUGAUUCAAUGUAAUGUCAAUAUUAAAACUGG